UAGUAGAGAUUAUCUGAGAGUGUAUAAAGAGAGUUUUAAGGUAAGGAUGUUGGAUUUAGUUGGCUAUGGUUUUUUAAUUUUGAAAAUUUGAAAAGUUUGAAGUGAGUUUUGGAGAGAUAGAAUUGUAUGGACUUUGAGGGAAGUUAUGAUAUUUUAGAGGUCUACUACUAAGACUAUGCCAGUGCAUCCUGCUCAAGAUAGAGGAAUACAAUUCAUUAGUAUGAUUAAAAUGAAAGACCCAAGAUUAUGAACAAUAUGAUAACAAAUUAAUGGAAUAUUCAGGCCGAGGAGAAGAGUACCCUAUCAACUUCUCAGAGCUUGUAGAAUCUACUGAGGUAAACUCAAUGCUCAGUUCCCAGUCUAAAAAGGAAAUCCAUCAGGCAUUUUGCAUUACAAUGUAUAAUGAGCCCUACAUUCAAGUACUUCAGUCUUUGGCAGGAGUCUAUAGGAGUUAUUAUGAAUUACUCGAAAUUAACAAGAAAUAUAAGAACAAAUUCUGUAUUGUCAUCAUAUGUGACGGUUAUGAGAUCUUCACUAAAAGUAACCCUGAGCGGGGUUCAAUGGAUAACUGAGACCGAUUCAAAGAAGCUGGACUGUAUGACCCCAGAAGGUCUAUCUAUUAUUGGAAAAGUAGAAACCUCCCUGAUGACAAAUAUGAGAAAGCUGAGCAGAAGUAUGAAUAUGCUGAUAUUUCAUACCUAGAUCAACUCAAGUAUGAUCCGAAGGAAUUCGUUGAUGUAGAAUUUAACACCAGUAAUUUAGCACACUGAUAUUCCAAAUCUAUGCGGAUUGAGGAUUUUAUGAAAGGCCUCUCUCAUUCUGAACAAGAAGGCUUCCGAAUUGACAAGCUUUCAGUCAAUGAUUACCUCUAUGGGAAUCAUGACCAAAGAAGAAUCAAAUCAUGGAAGUAUGCUUCUAUGCCUAUUGAUGUCCAUCUUGUGAUCAAGCAUGCGAAUCGGGGUAAGAUAGAGUCUCAUUUAUGGUUCUUUAAAGGCUUUUGUAGUACUAUUAAUCCUAAUUUUGCGACAAUCAUUGAUGCUGGGACAAUCACAAUGUGGAAUUCCAUCUCUCAUCUUACCCAGUUCAUGGAAUGCAGUCCUGAUACUGGGGCUGUAUGUGGAGAAAUUGAGGUUAUGCUAAAUGAAAAGAACAUUGAUGGUUCCGAAGUAACCUUCUUCCAAAGCAUUCUCCUCAGAUCCCAGUAUGUUGAGUAUAAGCUAGGACAUUACUUAGAUAAAUCUGCAGAGAGUUUAUUUGGUUAUAUUUCUGUGCUUCCAGGCGCAUUUAGCAUGUUUAGGUGGAAUUGAGUCAAAGAUCAGCCACUAGAAGAAUUUUUGAGAGGAAUCUCUAUUUCUGAUCCUUCAAAGCCUUACCCAAGUUGACCUGAAGGGAACAAGUUUUUAGCUGAAGAUAGGAUAAUGCCAUUCGAGAUAAUUUCAAAGAAAAGUCAAAGUUAUGUCAUUAAAUACGUUCCUGGAUGCAAAGCUCUUACUGAUGCACCCAGCGAUUUUAAAGUCCUGAUGAAGCAGAGGCGUAGAUGGUUUAACGGUUCAUUAUUUGCUACUCUAUAUGUCUUAACAAAUCCAUGGAAAGUCUGAAAUAGGAAAGGAGUUUGUCGGUAGC